AUGAUAUGCAAGGUUUUGGAGCGUAUCGUGAGGCAAAUUCUCCAGCGGGCAUGCAUAGCCAUGACAGCUAGGCGGCUCGCUGAUAUAUUGCAUGGCGUUGUGUCGGUAGACAACAUGACUGCGGUGUGUCUUAAAAUGACGGAAAGUGGUGUGUUAGAGCGCUGGGGGGAUGAUGCAUUCGUUCUGAAGGAUAGUUCCAACGCAGCGGUGAGAAAUAUUCUUGUAACACCGGAGUACCAAGACCUUGGGAUGACGGUGCUCCGCGUCGGCGAAAGGAAGGUCGUAAAGUACAUCCCUCGCGAGGCAGAGCACCGUUUCUUUGAAGUGCGUCAGUCUAUACUUGGCAGGCGUGCAGGUCUUGGAUUAUUCCUGCGAUCUUCCAGGGCCCUGAGGCAGGGCACCGUGAUGUGUGAGUAUACUGGACGUCUUCUUCGCCGGCCUCCAAAAGAACACGAACAAAGCAUUUAUGUGGUGCGACUCCGUACCGCCGCGUAUUUUGUUGAUGGUGUGGAUGAGAACGGUGAGCACUUAUCUUUAGCAACCUUCAUCAACGACAAUGGACCAGAAGCUGCCAACGCGGCGAUGCAGGAGUACGACAUGCUAGCGGGACGUGUUUUCGUUGUUGCCGCACGUGACAUAGAUCCCGGCGAGGAGGUGUUCUGCACCUACGGUUCAACAUACUGGGGCUGUUCCUCUUAUGAUGAACUACACCACAAAAUCAAUGGUGGGCAGCGUAAGCGGCCGCGUGACGACGAUCCCGACGAAUUUUCUUGUGAUUUCUUCUACCGUUGCAGGCGUUGCGGCGAGGAGGUUACAAAACGACUGAUGAGUCUUCACGCAAGAACAUGUGGCGACAAACUCGUUAAAAAAAAGUUGAUCAGCCUGAAUUGUCUUCCGUUCAACGAGUUCACUGCGAUGGAAAAUAGCAGUAAAGUGCUUCCUGCCUCUCGCCAGCGUAUGCUACGACGAGCAAAACAUUUCGUUGAUUUGGAGGAGCCACAAACGUUUGGCCUCUCACACGAGGAUGUAGUUGGGGAUGUCACGUUCACGUGGUCUGCGUCGUAG